UCGUCUUCGAUCACUCACUCCCUCCUUGAUAUGACCUGACCCAACCCAAUCCGUCCCAAAUCACUCACUCACCUAGUACCUAGUUGAAAAUUUACAUAAACGACGUUGAAAGUAAAUAGUGUAUGAUGGGGUUUAUCAACAAUAAAUUCAUAAUGUAUGUAUGAGUGAGAUGUUAAUAUUAUAUGGAGGAGGGAAUAAGGAAAUAAAAUAAUGAAGGGGUUAGGCAGAAGCUUAUGAUUUGAGUAAUUGAGAAUGACUUUUAAAAAAAAGCUCAUUGACUCCCACUUCCAUAUCACAUGCAUCUCUCUCUCUCUUCUUUGUUGCCAUCCACUUAUUUAAGCCCCUCUACUCCUCCCUUCAUUCUCAUCCUCUCCAAAAAUCAAAAUUCUGCUCUCCUAUUCCCAACCCCUUCAAACUUUUACUCACAAUCUUCUCUAAAGUAUACAAACACAACCACAGUUUCAAUCAAACAAAACACCUUUGAGCUUACCUUAUUGGUGAUGGAGAACUUGUUUCGUCUUGCUGAUCACGACGAAUUCUUCUCUCGUCGUUGCGUCUGGGUUAACGGUCCAGUGAUCGUCGGAGCCGGGCCAUCUGGGUUGGCCACAGCUGCUUGUCUUAGAGAACAAGGGGUGCCUUUUGUAGUCCUUGAACGAGCUGAAUGCAUAGCCUCGCUGUGGCAAAAGCGCACCUAUGAUAGGCUUAAGCUUCACCUUCCAAAGCAAUUCUGCCAACUCCCAAAACUCCCAUUCCCAGAAGACUUCCCUGAAUACCCAACCAAGAGACAGUUCAUUGAGUACCUUGAAUCAUACGCCAAGCAUUUUGAGAUCAACCCUCAAUUUAAUGAGUGUGUUCAAUCAGCAAGGUACGAUGAAACCAGCGGCCUGUGGCGUGUUAAGACCGUUUCAACUGCUGGUUCGACCCGUAACGAGAUCGAGUACAUUUGCCGGUGGCUCGUCGUUGCCACUGGCGAGAAUGCUGAACGUGUAAUGCCUGAAAUCGAAGGAUUGAACGAGUUUUGCGGCGGUGUGUCGCAUGCUUGUGAAUAUAAGUCCGGGGAGAAGUUCUCCGGAAAGAAAGUCUUGGUGGUUGGCUGUGGCAACUCGGGCAUGGAAGUUUCUCUUGACUUGUGCAACCACAAUGCCUCACCUUCAAUGGUGGUCCGAAGCUCGGUCCAUGUCUUACCAAAAGAAGUUCUUGGAAAAUCAACAUUCGAACUAGCAGUUAUGAUGAUGAAAUGGCUGCCCCUCUGGCUGGUUGACAAGCUCUUAUUGAUCCUGGCAUGGCUGGUGCUCGGAAACAUUGAAAAAUACGGCCUCAAACGGCCAUCAAUGGGACCAUUGGAGCUAAAAAACGAGACGGGAAAGACCCCUGUUCUUGACCUUGGAGCAUUGGCGAAAAUCAAAUCCGGUGACAUCAAAGUAAUUCCUGGAAUCAAACGGUUCACACGCAACCAAGUUGAGCUCGUCAAUGGCCAAAAGCUGGAUGUAGAUUCAGUAGUUUUGGCUACUGGGUACCGCAGCAACGUCCCCUCUUGGCUUCAGGAAGGCGAAUUGUUCUCGAAAAACGGAUUCCCAAAAGCAGCAUCACCACAUGGAUGGAAGGGAAAUGCGGGACUUUACGCAGUUGGGUUCUCGAGAAGAGGACUAUCAGGGGCUUCGUCGGACGCCAUGAAAAUAGCUCAAGAUAUCGGCACCGUUUGGAAGGCGGAGACGAAGCAACAAAAGAAGAGAACCACCGCUUGCCAUAGACGCUGCAUUUCCCAGUUCUGAAAAUAUCCGCCAUUGAUGAUUUUAUUUCUACACAGUGUAUACAUGUAAAAAA